CGGUAUUUUCAAUAAAUGGCGGCGAUGGUUCGCGAGCGUGACAGUAGCGACGAAACGGAAUUAUCACGAAAGAAGCUCAAGUCUCAUAACGAAGACACCCAUGUGCCUUUGAGUCAUUUUGAAACGUUCAUUCCGAAGCGAGUUCUCAGCGAAGACUCGCGUACUAAGCUAAUAUCCGUUGAAGGCACAUUCAAAGGCAGUGAAGGUACCGCGGUUGUGGUGAUCGAAAAGAAACCUUUCAAUAAAGAAUCCUACCAAGAUAUUUUUAAUAGUGGUACCACGCUGGAAGAAACGUUUCAUAAUGACAUCUACACUUCUUACAAGGGCACGCUAGCGCCAACAACAAAUGACAUUACGACGACUGUUAUACAUCCUGCAACUCAGAAGCAUAUUGAGAAAUACUUACCUCAAUCCUUGUAUAUGGUAACAGAAACCCCGCAAGUGUAUAAAGAAGUGAUUGAACCAUACUUAGCAGCCCAGCAAUUUUCAUUACAGUGGGUUUACAACAUCCUCGAUCACAAGAAAGAGGCAGAAAGGAUCAUUUUUGAAGACCCCAAUACAGACACUGGCUUUGUCCUUUUGCCCGACAUGAAAUGGGACACGAAGCAGCUGGAGAACUUGCACGUUCUUGCGGUGUGUCACAAGCACGGAAUUAAAUCCAUCAGAGACCUGAGGGGGGAACAUCUGCCUCUUCUGCGUAAUAUCCGUGACAAAGUACAUGAGACUCUGCAGACAAACUUCGGCAUCGGCCCCCAUAAACUACGAGCGUACUUGCAUUAUCAGCCAUCGUACUAUCAUCUUCACGUCCACUUCUCGGAGAUCACCUACGACGCACCAGGUAUCCAGGCGGAACGUGCUCACCUCAUCAGCCAAGUCAUUUCCAACAUUGAACUCUUGGAUGACUAUUAUGGGUGUGUUGCGCUAAACUAUGUUGUUAAAGAUGGCACACCAUUACACACAGUGCUGAAAAAAGCUGGAGCUAUAGAGCAUUAAUAAAGCUUGCUUUACAAGUACAGAAUAAAAGGAUGAUUUAAGCUACAAAGUACAGUUUGUAUGGUUAGAGAACAUGCGAUGUGGCUGAGUGAAAAUAAUUUGUAUGCCUCAAAAGUGUAAUUGAAUUGAUUAAUUGAAGCAAAGUAAUUGAUGGUGA